GACUAUUUUCUUUAAGGAUUGGCAGAUGAAAAAGUUAAUGAAAACCAACUAGUCAAGUAUCAGUCUACACGACACGAUGUUAUGAUUGGUUCUGUUGUCUACACCACAAACACGAUGUUAUGAUUGGUUUAGUUGGCCGGACCGUGUGAACACUGCUCGAAUAGUCGAGGAUUGUCUCCCCCCCCCCCCACCUCCCAUUCGGCCAGGCGAGGACAGUCACCCCUACAGUACAGCACCGCGAAUAAGUUGUUGUGUCGGCUGUCAUUUCUCUCUGGACUUUCUGACGUGCAACUGUGGAUUGGACUUAUCACUAAACUCUGGUUAGUUUAUCAGCUACCCUAAGGAAAUGAACGUGCUGCCUUUGAAAAUGUUGGAGCUGAUGAUUGCCCUGGUGACCCUCCUGCCCCUGACGUCUGCACGGCUCGACUCUCUGAAGACUGUGGACGACUAUCUGAACAUCUGUCUGGACGGCAGGAAUCACAAGUCUGCACCUGGGCCGGAGAAUGAGCUGCUCACACAGUACUGUAAGCCCUGGGCCAAGAGAUCUUGCUGUUCCUCCAAAGUUGUCAAGGACAUUGAUACAAGCAGCAGCUGGUUGAACUUUAACUGGGAUCACUGUCAGCAGCUGAGCCCCCAGUGUAGAGAGCAGUUCCUCAUGGACCUGUGUUUCUACGAGUGUUCCCCUAAUGUGGGCCCAUGGCUGCAGCAGGAUACUAGAAAGAUUCGUAAAGAAAGAUUUCGUGAUGUUCCUCUGUGCCAGCCAGUGUGUGACAGGUGGUGGGACGCCUGCAACAACGACUUCACCUGCACAGACAACUGGGCAGCUGGGUUUAAUUGGUCCACAGGCAUCAAUACAUGUCCAGAAGGAAACAAAUGCCGUCCAUUCCACCAGGUUUAUUCUGGUGCCAACAACUUCUGUGAGACGGUGAUGGGAAACUCAUUUAAAGUAGUUCCUGAAACUGAAGACUGCUUCUAUACCUGGUUCAGCCCCAAUGAACCCAACCCCAAUGAACCAGUGGCGAGAAAAAAGGCAGCCCAACUACUUGGCAUUGGAUAUUCAGAAAAUUCAUCAGAAGUGAAUGCAGUUUCCUGGCAAAGUUUUGUGUUUCUGAUCUUGGGUGCAGUGAUCUUUUGUUGACUUUGACUUGUUUGUUGAAAUGUUUUUUUUUUUAAACUUUGGGCUGUUAUUUUACAUUGUUGAUAUUGAGCAUAUCACUACUUUUUGUUUCCUUGUUCAUUAUAUGUUCGUGGCUAGAUGUUAUUUGGUGUCAUUUUAGUGUCCAUGACCAUCUUUAAACAGAAUUUGUAAUUUAUUAGCACUAUUUACAGAAUAUCAUAGAAUUCUGUCAUUUCAUAGCACUUCAGAAUUUCAUUGAUUUUGUGGAAGUUUAAUAACACUAGGUUGUGUAGAUUUCUUUUCUGAUUGUCAUUAAGGUAAUUAACCAAGUAUUUACUGGUUACUGUUUAAAUUUUAAAUAUAUUUAGCACGUGCAUUAUAUUGAUCAGGGAGUCUCAAUGAUCUCAGUUUGAGGACAUUGUACUUUCCACGGACAGGUUUUGAUAGACUUUACAUUCUAAUUAGUUUUGAGAUGAAUCUCUUCUAUAUAUAUUUACAUGAAAAGUGUAACAAGGAUGGGAAAAUCGGCUGUUGAUGGAAGUUUGCCUGCUGAUAGUAUCAGAUUGACAAUUUGGUGUUUUGAAGUUUUCAUAGCUUUAAAUGUUGAACUUGUCCAAUUUGCUUCCUGGAUACGUUUUACCAUGUUAAAUUUGUUUUACUAGCAGCUUGUUUCAGAAUUUUUUGCUCAUGUUGGCAUUUUUUCUGUACCUCAAUAGCUAUUUAUAGCCUUUCAAUACUAUAAUAUACUAGAUUUAAAAGCAGGCUUAUUAUGAACAGGAUCUCUCUCUAUAUAUAUAUAUCGUUCAGGGGACAUAACCUAUUGCAAAUGUACUGGGGUGAGCACUAACAAUUUCUUCACUGUCACCUCAUUCUUUAUUUUUGGGAACAGUUUUCAGUUUUUAAACUGAAGUUUGAGCAGGUGCAGUAUUUAAUUACAUUAAUUAACAGUAUUUGAUUAAGCCCUGCUGUAGCAUGUUGACGUUUAACUGUUACAUAAUCAAAAGAUAUCAAUUUAUAGUGUCCUGCAUUUUUGUCAAAGCUCUUGUUAAGUCCAACUUAACAGUGAUUCCCACUUUAGCUAUUUAAGACUUAUAAGGAUGACAGUUUAAACAUUGCCUUCUGCCCUUUUAAACUGAACUUUUACUCACAAUGUUCAUUUUGACAAAUACAUUUAGCACUUGUCUACUUUCCUGUAAUGUAUGAACUUUGCUUGUCAUAAUAGGUUACACUGUGUGGUAUUUAAAUAAGUUAAUUAAAAAUA